AUGGCCUCCCAAGUGGGCUCCAUUGCCCAGUUGCUGGAUGCAACUUUAGAUCCCAGCACCCACAAGAAAGCCGAGCAAGCCCUUAAGAUCGAACAGGGCAAACCGCAAUACUCCCUCAGCCUUCUCAACAUCGUCGCCUCAGAACCUCUUCCUCUCAAGACCCGUCUAGCCGCCGCCCUGGCCUUCAAGAACUUCAUCCGCUCCAACUGGGUCGAUGCUGACGGCAACUACAAGCUCCCUGGCGAUGAAGUGCAAACGAUCAAGUCUCAGCUUAUUGGCCUGAUGAUUUCUUGCCCGCCCACCAUCCAGACCCAACUCGGCGAUGCCAUCAGCAUCAUCGCCGACUCCGACUUCUGGGAGCGCUGGCAGACACUGACCCAGGAGCUCGUCGAGCGCUUCUCCCCCGUCGACCCCAAGGUCAACAUCGGCGUCCUCGAGGUCGCCCACUCCAUUUUCGUCCGCUGGCGCCCUCUCUUCAGAACUGACGAGCUUUACACCGAGAUCAACCACGUCAUCAGCACCUUCGCCCAGCCCUUCGUGCAGCUUCUAGUGCAGACCGACGAGCAGAUUACCAAGAACACUCAGAACAAGGACGUCCUCAAGAGCUGGUUUGAGGCCCUGAGCCUCAUGAUCAAGAUUUUCUACGAUCUCUCCUCCCACGACAUGCCCCCGAUCUUCGAAGAACACCUGGCCUCCAUUUCCGAGCUGCUCCACAAGUACCUGACGUACACGAACCCGAUUCUCGAAACCGACGACGACAGCGAGGUUAGUGUCAUUGACACUGUCAAGGCGGAUAUCUGCGAGGCUUUGGAACUGUACACGCUCAAGUACGACGAGGAUUUUGGAAAGUACACUGAGCCCUUUAUCACCAACGCCUGGAACCUGCUCUCCAGCACUGGUGCCGAGACCAAGUACGACUUGUUGGUCAGCAAGGCUCUGCACUUCUUGACAGCUGUCGCUGGCACCUCGCAGCACUCGGGCGUCUUCGCUGACGAGAACGUUCUGGGCCAAGUGGUCGAGAAGGUCAUUCUGCCCAACGUUGCUCUGCGCGAGUCCGACCUGGAGCUGUUCGAGGAUGAGCCUAUUGAGUACAUCCGCCGGGAUCUGGAGGGCUCAGACACCGAUUCUAGACGCCGCUCCGCCACGGAUUUCUUGAGGAGGCUUCAGGAGAAGUACGAACAGCUGGUCACUGGCGUUGUCUAUAAGUACAUCAACCACUACCUGGAGCAGGGCAAGUCCGACUGGAAGGCCAAGGACACCGCCGUCUACCUGUUCAUCUCCAUUGCGGCCAAGGGCUCUGUUACAGCCACGCAGGGUGUCAAGACGGUCAACUCGUUGGUCAACGUUGUCGACUUUUUCGAACAGCACAUCGCGUCCGACCUGAUGGCGAGUGGAGGCGUGGAGCCUAUCUCCAAGGUCGAUGCCAUCAAGUAUCUGCACACGUUCCGCAGUCAACUGACAAAGGAGCAAUGGAAGCUGGCAUUCCCCCCUCUUAUCCAGAAUCUGGCAUCCGACAACUACGUAGUAUAUUCAUAUGCUGCGAUCGCGGUCGAGCGUCUGCUCUUCCUGACAGAUGACUCGGGUAAAGCGAUGUUUCCCCGUGAGGACAUCCAGCCCUUCGCUAAGGACCUGCUUGAUCAUCUUUUCAAGCUCAUCGAGAAAGAGAGGACGCCUGCCAAGCUCCAGGAGAACGAAUUCCUGAUGAGAUGCGUUAUGAGAAUCCUCAUCGUUCUCAAGGAAGGAGCUGCACAUCUCGUUGAGGGUGUCCUGACUCACCUGGUUGCUAUCACAAACAUGAUCAAGCAGAACCCCAGCAACCCACGCUUCUACUACUACCACUUCGAGGCUCUUGGUGCCCUCAUCAGAUACUGCUCUUCGACGCACGCGUCCCUUUUCAACCAGCGCCUCUGGGAACCGUUCAAUCAGAUUCUGGUUGAGGACGUUACUGGUGCGUUACGUUUUGGCUUUUCACUCUGUCCUGUGGUCAACUGCAUGGCUAACAAUCAGAUAGAGUUCCUCCAGUACAUCUUCCAGAUCCUCGCACAGCUUUUGGAGUCGAGCCCGGCAGAUGCCAUCUCGGAAAAUUACAAGGCUUUCUUGUCCCCUCUUCUGGAGCCGGCGCUGUGGGACACCAAAGGGAACGUUCCGGCUUGCACCCGGCUUCUCUCGUCAAUCAUCCCAGCGACCUCGGUCUACAUUGUCUCAGACAACAAGCUUGAGCAGAUCCUGGGUAUUUUCCAACGACUCCUUGCUGUCAAGAAAUACCAGUUGUAUGCUUUUGACGUCCUGGAGGCAGUUGUGAAAUCUCUUGAACCUGGCGUCGUCGACCAGUACUUUGGUACAAUCCUCAGCUUGAUCUUCACCAAGCUGCAAGGCAACCCUCCCGACUCGUUGAAGCUCCGCUUCGCUCGGUUCUUCCAUCUCGUCUCGGCCCGCGUCGAGGCUGGUUACGGAGCCGACUACUUCAUGAAGCACUCUGAGAAGAUCCAAGAGGGAAUAUUUGCCAAGGUUUACCCGCCGUUCGUCUUGGCCGAGACGGAGAAGCUGGCGCGCCCUGUCGACCGCAAGCUUGCAGUAGUCAGUCUUACUAAGACUCUCUGCGACUCGCAGGCUUUUGCGCAGAAGUUCGCCAAGGGCUGGGCCAACACGUGCAGGAUCCUCCUCGCCCUACUGGUAAACCCGCCUGUGGUGUCGGCUGGGCUUGGUGACGAGCUGAUCGCCGAGGCCGACGUUGACGACAUUGGCUUUGGCCUCUCGUAUACGGCACUCAACACCUGCAAACCGAUUGCGCGCGACGAUUACCCAGAGGUCACCGCUGUGGCUCCCUGGGUCAGCGCGUACAUCAGCUCCGCCAACCAGCGCCACAACGGCGCCAUUGUCAACUUUGUCAACACGCGUCUUACGCCCGAACAGCAGCAAGCACUCCAGCAGUACUUGCAAUAG